ACUGUCUCACUGCGUAAACAUUUACAUGCCAGGAACUGGUCAGUCUUACUCUAGGAUCCAGCAGGUCUUUGUGCAUUGUUUAAUCCUUUUCCCACGGGCACCCCCCUUCCCAUCCCACGCUAGUCCCUUCAAAAGAAAAUUGAGUUUUUAUUUAAAAUAAAGAGGCAUUAAAAGUUGUCCCAUCUAUUGGGAAUAAAAUUUGAAAACAGCGGGGGGUGGGGAUAAAGAAUGAUCCUUUAAGCAUGUUUACUGAUGUCAGGACCUAUAGGAACUUCCAGACAGGAGGGAAGAGAGAGAGAGAGAACCCCUUUUAAGAGUUGUCAUAUUUGUGAGAGCCACAGGAAGCUAACUUUAUUUGGCUUGGAGCUUGGCUACAUCUAUCAAGCUGUGCUCUUGACACUAUUAACAUACGAGCAGGAUCAGUUAUCCCUUAACCAGCUGAUGUCAGCUCUUCUGAAACACAGCAAACACGCUCGCUAAAUAACCUGGCCCUGGAUUUCAGUAACUUGAAGUUCUUAACUUCCACGUUCCUGUUAACAACAAAACAAAAUCCUGGACGGUGAAGAGGGGGAGGGAAGAAGCCGGAGAGUGAUGCAGUCGGUGGGCUGGUUUCUGCCAAGCCCCACAAGGUGAGUGCCAGUCUGCCAACUCCACAGUCCCUGGGCAGCGACGAUGAGCUGAUGGUGUACAAUGGAGCUGAAGGUAUGGGUGGAUGGAGUCCAGCGUAUCGUGUGUGGGGUGACGGAGGUCACGACCUGCCAAGAGGUCGUCAUUGCCCUAGCUCAAGCCAUAGGAAGAACUGGCCGCUACACGCUCAUCGAGAAAUGGAGGGAGACAGAGCGACACCUAGCGCCGCAUGACAACCCACUCGCUGCCCUGAAUAAAUGGGGUCAGUACGCCAGUGAUGUGCAGCUGAUAUUACGACGCACUGGCCCUUCACUGAGUGAGCGACCCACAUCAGACAGCUCUGGCCGGGGACCGGAGAGAACUCUGUAUCGGCAGAGCCUUCCCCCGCUGGCUAAGCUACGUCCCCAAUACGACGGAUCAUUAAAAAGGAAAGAACCGAAAAGGAAGUCAUUGACUUUCACAGCGGGCCCGAAAGGGUUUGUCGACGUUUUCGGAAAGGGCAAGGACCAAGCUCUGGCCUCCAGAGGCCCGGUCAAAGAGUUGAAGAGGCUCGUUCUCCUACAAAGGGACAAGCUGCACACUCUUCAGAGCCAACUGGAAUCCAAUCAGCUGGAGACGAGGUACUGGGAAGGCAAGGCAAAUCCCAGGAUCGACGAGGAAAUUCUGAGACUGGGCCAAAGGAUCAAAAAGAAUGAGAUCGAGAUCGAGGAGGAGGAGUUCUGGGAGAACGAGUGGCAGAUUGAGCAGGAAAACGAAAGCCAGCUGAAGGAGCAGCUGAAAGAGGUGAAGCAGAGGAUCAGGGACUGUGAGCAGAAGCUAAAGGACUACACACAGAAAGUUCAGGAGAUGGAGAGCGGCAUUGAAGCAGAGAAGCUGGAGCAGGAGCUGCGUGGGGCUCAUGUCAAUGAGGACGAAGUCACGGAGAACCUGAUCAAAGUCCGAAACGAUAUCGAGCUCAAGUGCCAGCAGAGCGCGAGGCUGAAGAACAGCCUGAGAGCUGUGGAAAGGACUUUGGGACUAGCCAAUAAAAAGUUUCAGGAGAGAGAACUAGAGCUGGAGCAGCUAACCAAGGAGCUAAGGCAAGUGAACCUCCAACAAUUCAUCCAACAGACAGGAACAAAGGUUUCCGUACUGCCUGCUGAACCAACUGAAGACGAACUGCCUGCAUCGCAAGAGCAAGGAUCACUGACCUCGACUGCUUCACUGAAAUGGCCCAGUCCCGCCAGGCAGCUUCCCAGCAAUUUGAGACUUCUGCAGAACCCUCUAAUUUCAGGCUUUAAUCCAGAGGGUAUCUAUGUAUAACUAGAUAUACCUCCCACUGGUGAAACCAUCUGGAGUGGCUCAAAGGGAUCUCUCCACCUUUCCCCCCCCCCCCCCUCCCCUCCUUGCUUUCUUCAAGAGAGUGACCGAUAAGCACUUGAUGCAAUGAGUUUGUCAAUCCUGAGUGCCUUGUACAGUGGCUGCCCGCACGCCAAAGGUCAAACCAUGUAACUACCCAAGCCACUGAUGCUGUUGGAGGGGAGGGAGAGAGAUGUGCAAAUGCAGCGGUCGCUGGACAAAGAACAGCAAGCAUUUCUGUGCAAAAUUAAUGUAAUUUUGUAUAAAUCCUCCAGGAGCAGUCACAACAGGGCUGCCUUCCAAAGGCACGCUGGCUCGAGUUUUGAUUCAAGGUCGCAAAAUAUCAAAAGGGGGUUCUGGUGGAGAUUGGGAAAUGUUAGACAAGGCACACUGCAGGAUCCGUGAACCUGCCAGAGGUUUACUGAAAGUUAAAAAUCACCCACCACCAGGUUACAGCCCAACAGGUUUAUUUGGAAGCGCUGCUCCUUCAUUAGGUGGUUGUGGAGGUCUGUUUAAAAUCUUGGUUCGUUUGGUUUCCACCCGGGACUCCCCAGCUCAUGUGAGGAAGUCGCUCAGAAUGUAAAGGUUAAAACUUCCCUGUCUGUGUUCGCAAACUGGACCUGAUUUCUUUUCUCCCUGAGCUCCACGUGUGUGCAUUACAGAAAAAAAAAGAAAAUUACUGGGUUUGUCAUCUGGGAUGCUUUUAAACUCAAGCUUCCUUCUUGUGUGGUCAGUUGUUCCUGUGAAAUGUGUUUUUAAAGAAGGAAUUUCAAAAAAAGAAAUGAAAAA